AUGGCGGGCGUAGCAGGCCUUCUAGCCACCUGCGCCGCCGCUGCUGCUUCCGCUGCCCACCUUCUGCCGUUGCUGCUGUUGCUGAUCUGCCCGCGAGGGACCCACGCGGAACAAGUUGUUCUUUUGGAUACGACACAAGAGGAGAAGCUCGAGUGGACAAGGUAUCCGUUCGGCCCGGAAGCUAACACCCCAGGGUGGGUGGAAGAGUCGUUCACCAACUUCGAGAAGGGCAUCAAUUGGCGGAGUUACGUUGUCUGCGACGUAGCGUACAACAACGUAAACAAUUGGCUAUGGACGCCAUUCAUCGAGAGGGGACCGGCGAAUCGCAUGUACAUAGAAAUCAAAUUCACGACUCGUGACUGCUCGUUGUUUCCCGGAAACGCGCUCAGUUGCAAAGAAACUUUCAGUCUACUUUACUACGAGUUCGACGUGGCCACCAAGGAGCCGCCGCCAUGGGAAACGGAUAGUUACAAGUUGAUCGGACGCAUCGCUGCCGGCGAGGGAAGGUUCAAUACGAAUACCGAGGUGGUGAUAAACACGGAGGUGAAAUCCAUUCCGGUAACGAAGAAAGGCGUGUACUUUGCCUUCCGUGAUCAAGGCGCUUGCAUCUCCAUCUUGGCAAUUAAAGUUUACUACAUCAGCUGUCAGGAGACAUCGGUGAACUUUGCGCAUUUCCCGGCCACGCCAACUGGUCGAGAAGUGGCGCUGAUAGAACAAACGGUCGGCACUUGCGUCGCCAACGCGGUCGUGAUCGAACAGCCCACCUUCCUCUGCAAAGGAGAUGGCAAUUGGUACCUCGCUACCGGUGGAUGCCACUGCAAACCCGGAUACAGGUCCUCUGAUUACGGAUUCACGGAAUGUCGCUGCGACCCCGGUUAUUACAGAGCCGAGAAGGAUCCUAAGAAAAUGCCUUGUACACAGCCACCAUCGGCGCCACAAAAUUUGACGGUGAACUUCGUUGACCAGUCCACCGUGAUCCUGUCUUGGAAUGCGCCGCACAUGCUAGGCGGCAGGACAGAUACGACUUACAGGGUGGUCUGCGACGCCUGUAGCAUGGGUGUCAAAUACAUUCCCAACACCGAAGUUUUCAACGACACGAAGAUCACGAUAACGGGUCUAAACGCCGUGACUACCUAUCGAUUCCAAGUGUUUGCCGAGAACGGUGUAUCCGCAUUGGCUGCAAAAUCCGAGUACGUGGACAUUACCGUCACCACGGAAGCUAGCGUGCCUAGUUUGGUGAGCAACGUCAGGAUUACCAGCGUGAAGAGUUCCGAACUGAGCAUUAGUUGGGAUGCUCCGAUCACCGAAGUUGGCGGAGACAGCGAUCUGGUCGAAAGAUACGAAGUGAGGUGUUAUCCACGCUACGACGACGCUACCAAUGCUACGGUCAUUCAAACCUCCGAUUUAUCCGCUACGUUUAAGGGCCUAAAACCAUCGACGGACUACGCGAUACAAGUACGAGCAAAGACUACGCGAGGUUGGGGUGAAUACACACCGAUAGUAUAUAAGAAGACGCCUCACGCUAUGGGACUAGAUUACGUCGGCGAAGACGAUAAUAUGCAAGUGAGGAUCAUAGCCGGAGCUAUCGUGGCUGUGGUAGUGCUUUUGGUCAUCAUCAUCAUCAUGACCGUUCUGAUUUUAAGAAGCAGGGCCUCGGACGAAUGCAACAAGAAACAGCCCAGUGAUUGCGAUACUCUGGAGUAUAGGAACGGCGAAGGACUAGUUGUGACCUACAUGACCACGCCGCUGUUCACACCUGCAGUGGGAGUCGCCGCCGCGAGUGCAGGAGGUGCCGGUGGUGGAGGUGCAAGGAGUUACGUCGAUCCUCACACCUACGAGGAUCCGAAUCAAGCCGUGCGAGAAUUCGCCCGAGAGAUCGACGCGGGAUACAUUACGAUAGAGGCUAUCAUAGGUGGUGGAGAAUUCGGCGACGUUUGCCGCGGAAAAUUAAAACUACCGCCCGAUGGUCGAACGGAGAUCGAUGUCGCGAUCAAGACUUUGAAACCAGGCUCCGCGGACAAGGCUCGUAACGACUUUCUGACCGAAGCCUCGAUCAUGGGUCAGUUCGAACAUCCGAACGUGAUAUUCCUGCAAGGUGUAGUGACCAAGAGUAAUCCGGUGAUGAUCAUCACGGAGUUCAUGGAGAACGGUAGCCUGGACACUUUCCUGCGUGCGAACGAUGGCAAGUUCCAGGUGCUUCAGUUGGUAGGCAUGCUUCGCGGUAUCGCGAGCGGCAUGCAAUAUCUUGCCGAGAUGAAUUACGUGCACCGAGAUCUCGCGGCGAGGAACGUACUCGUGAACGCUGCUCUCGUCUGCAAGAUUGCCGAUUUCGGUUUAAGCCGUGAGAUCGAGAGCGCCACGGAAGGAGCGUACACGACUAGGGGUGGAAAGAUCCCGGUGCGAUGGACAGCUCCGGAAGCGAUAGCGUUCCGAAAGUUUACCAGCGCUUCCGACGUAUGGAGCAUGGGCAUCGUUUGUUGGGAAGUGAUGUCCUACGGCGAGAGACCGUAUUGGAACUGGUCUAAUCAGGAUGUGAUAAAGUCGAUCGAGAAAGGAUACAGGCUUCCAGCUCCGAUGGAUUGCCCGGAGGCGAUCUAUCAGCUGAUGCUCGAUUGCUGGCAAAAGGAACGAACCCAUCGUCCUACCUUCGCCAAUCUCACUCAAACCUUGGACAAGCUGAUACGAAGCCCGGACACGUUGAGGAAAAUCGCCCAGAACAGGGGCACCAAUCCACUGGCGCCGGACGCGGUGGACUUAACGCAGCUGACUUCGGUCAGCGAGUGGCUGGCUUCCAUCAAGAUGUCACGGUACGCGGAGAGUUUCGAGAGAUCCGGAGUAACUACCUUGGAGGCGGCUGCACGAGUUACCGUUCAAGAGUUGACGGCGCUCGGUGUGACGUUGGUCGGGCACCAGAAGAAGAUCAUGAACAGCGUGACGGCGCUCAGAGCGCAAAUGUCCGCCACUUCGCAAGGUUUCCUCGUUUAAUCGCGUGCACGGUCGGUGCGUUUCUCGCAGAACCAUUUCACGCGUUAACCUUGCGACCGGCGCUGAUCUCUCGAUAUAUCACAUCGACUAAACGCAUCGUUCGUUAGAGAAGCUUGCACGUCGAUCGCCCUACGGCUAAAGUUCUAUCGAGGCACUAGACGAUUCAAACGGCAUCAUCCUAGUCAGGGCGAUAGACAUUUUCUUUCGAGAAAAUACCCCUUCCUUCGCGAACACCAAGGCCAACAGCGAUCGAGCGAGCAUUGAGAGGAGCCGAAAGAGCUCCGCCAGUCUCCAAGAAUCGAGGAACCGCAUAUCGCAGACAUUCCAUAGCGCAGAAAAACUCGAGAUUUAUUCGAGUACCAUCCUCCAUCCUCGACAGAUGGAGGAAGAAGACGACUCAUCGAACAUGUAGCUUAACGGAAGUAACGCGAAUCUUCUUUGCGCGAUAAUCGCAUCGAAUCGAAGAAGCUCGCGACGGGAUCAAUACGUAAAGAUAGAUCGCUAACUCCAUGAACGGAGUCGCGGCCAUUGACUUUGUCUUUUUCUUCCUAUAAAAUCUUUCUCGAGCGCAGUUGAUCUCGCGGAUCAUCGCGUCGAAAGGUAUCGAACUGCCACUGUAUAAUCACUGCCGUAUCAAAUUUACACGUACAAAACCUUGUGCGACGAGCCAACGAACGGCAUUAUCCUAUCUUAAACCCCGAACCUCUUAACCCUGCUCACCGUCGAGACUGUCUGACGCACUGAAUCGUUGCUCACACGUACACACAGGAACCGUCUUGCCAGAUUUUUACUUUUCUCUCUUGUUUUCCCAUCCAAACACCCAUUGUUAACGAACGAAGCCAUUCUUGUUUUACAGUGUUCCUAACUUAUCUUACGCGGCGGUACUCAUUACGUCAAACGGUGAUCGGGUCCUUCAACGAUUAAUAUAAUACUCUCAAGUGUGUCUACGGUACAGACCAAUUGCACGAACAAAUAGACGGCCUAAAAGUAUUAACGACCCCAUAGGUUGUCCCUGGCUUCCUCGUUCUAUGCGAAAGUCUUCGAACAACGAUUGGGCGUAUGAAGCCAAAACGAAGAUUCGUCGAGUGGUCUAAUAUUAUGUUUUAAGGUAAUAACGAGCAUAGAUCGAGGAAGUAAUCGAGGACAGCGUGUCUUCAUUGCGAGCCUAACGCCGCAUUUUACGUCCCGUGCAGCGAAUAUUUUGUAGCUCUUAUUAAUAAAGCUUAAUCGAUGUACAAACACACACACGAUUUACACACUACACAACGCAACAUCGGAUACACAUGUAGAUAUACAAAUAUGAAAACGUUGCCGCUCCGCUCCGCUUUUGCGAAACGAUCGAAGGAGCGACAGGUAAUUAAUACUGGUGAGACUGAAAGCAAGAUCAUUCGAAAUUACACUAGAUGUUAAUAUGCGACGAUGAAACAAAGAUUAAAAGAGAAAGAGGGAUAUACGAUUCUUGCCUUCGCGUUACCUAUAUAAGUGUAUUGUAUAUGCGAUCCGUAUAGGUACCUGUCGAUAAAAAGGAAAAAAGAACGAAUAAAGAAGCAGGAACAUGUGCCAAUAAUGCGAGAACAGAGAGAAAGUGUGCGUGAACGAGGGAAAAUGUGCGUGAGAGAGGCAGAAUGGCGCACACGCUAUCGCGCGGUCGUCGAUUGCAUAGAAAAAAAAAAAAAGAAAAAUGGAUCCCUAUCUAUACGUAUUAAAAGAGAGAUAGAUUAUAUCGUGCAUGAUACGAGACAGAUUUAUCAGGAAUGAUCGUGAGGCCAACGAACGAAUGUUCGAAGAAUAGAACAAAUAUACCGAGGAAAUCGUAAAACGUGUCCCUCGACAUCGUGAACAUAU